GCCGUCUCGAGCAUCGGGGAGACGCGGACCAGGCAGAGUGCGGGGGAAGGUGCAGCCGCUGGCGCCCGAGAGCGACGCAGACACGCGUGCUUAGCGCCCCUCGCCGCGAUCGAGCGACGUCAAUGGGCGCGAGUCGGCGAGGAACGCUUCGCUGCUUGCAGCAUCUCGGUCGGGCAGCGUCCGGCGCUCGCAUGGCAGCAGCAUGGCCGAGUCAGAGUGUGGGGCAGCGCGAGCACGCGGCUGACGCGCUGUGCCGUGUCAACCGGGCGGGGGCAGGUGCUGCACACAUGCAGUGCCUGCAUUCCGAGCGUCGCCGGCCUCUUGCUCCAGCAGAAGGCCAGAUGUUCCAUACAGUAUUCGGAGGCCAGCACAGCAACUCAAGCGCAAUGCAUGCGGCUGCGGGGUCUUCUGCCGCCCGAGCUUGGCCACGCCGGCCCCGCACACGUCGGCGGGGUUGGCGGCACUGGCGGGCUCGGGAAUCUUUAGGCGUGUCGUGCCGAAGAGGUGGCUUGCACGGCUUGCCUCGGCCACGGCAGCUCGCUGGCACUCCCCACGCGGCAGCAGCGUGCCUUGGACCGUGGCCGAAUGUCUAUUGGGCAAGCCGGAAUGCUGCGCCCCGGAAGAGAGGCCGGCGAGGGCACAUGUCGGAGGCUGCAAGAUGGACGCUCGGCGUACUCGCCGGAGGCCUCCGCUGCACCUCGUCGCGACGAGCCGGGACGCCCGCUGGCACCACGUCGCUCGUUCUCGAAGAGCCCGGGAGCGAACGAGGCUGCGUGGGCGCCGUCGGGAAGCGCGAGCUGCCCCACGCUGCGUCUCCGUCCGUUGCGGCAGCAACACCCAAGCGUCCCCGCCAGGGCGCGGGACGGGCUUCAGAGGCCCGCCCGUGCCUGCGAGCGCAACGGACGAAAAAGAUGUUGAAGCACCCCGGGGUGCAAUGCAAGAGAUGGCGAUUGACAGGCUUGAGCGGCCGCAAAGCGUUGCGGGGCCCGUUGGAUCCAGGUGUUUGGACGCGCCCCAACGCCAUCCCCUGGCGCCCGGCGCCGGACCGGUACUGUACCGCAUUCUACUGCAUGGUGACUUGCGCUUCAGCGUCCGACCUGAGCUGCGGGAAAGGCCGCUGUGCCAAUCAGAUCAACCGCCAUGCCCCGCCAGCAAGCCCAGCCAGCCAUGGGCCGCCACGGCCGCACGCGGCUGCGGGGUCAGGCGGUACCUCGGAGCGCCGCGAGGCAGAGGCCGGUGCCGCCGUCUGAGUAUCCCGAGGUGCGGUGCCGUGCCUUCGACGGACGCACCGCCCGCGUGGAAGGCAUCGGGAAUGCGCCCGUCGAGAGGCUGGGCCAGCACGCCAGCUCCGCCUGCGCUGCUCGCCGGUGCCGACGAGCGCCUCUGAGCUGGCGACGGAGAUUUUGGCGGCGAGAGCGCCGGCGUGAGCGUGAGCGCUGCUGUGCUGCGUGCCGCGUCUCUCGUGUGGCGCUCCAGCUCGGCGACGCAGGCGGCGGACGCAGCACGCAGCGGCGCUCCGCCAUGCCG